GUAAAAGAAAGAAGCUGUGAAAAGUGCUGACACUUCUCCUGACGGGGCUUCCCUUCAAGGUCUUAUCCUGUCUUAAGUUUAGAAGCUUCAUCUUCAUCUUCAUCUUCAAUCAUCCCGUCUCCACAGUGAAGAUGCUCCACAGCGUGAGGUCCUGUGAGCCGCAGAGUGGAGGCUUCUGCUUUGAAAACAGCCGCAGGAAUGCAGUGUUGGAGUCCAGUUUGUCAGAGUUUGGCUAUAAAGCUCCCAGUGCCAGAAAGACAGGGACCACUAUUGCUGGGAUUGUUUACAAGGAUGGCGUGAUCCUGGGAGCAGACACCAGGGCUACAGACGACAUGGUGGUGGCCGACAAGAACUGCAUGAAGAUUCACUACAUUGCUCCAAAUAUCUACUGCUGUGGUGCUGGCGUGGCUGCAGACGCAGAUAUUACCACACAGAUCAUGGCGUCCAACGUGGAACUGCACAUGCUCAACACUGGGCGACCCCCACUCGUCACCAUGGUAACUCGACAGCUGAAACAGAUGCUGUUCAGGUACCAGGGUCACAUCGGUUCGUCUCUGAUCGUUGGAGGAGUCGACGUGACUGGUGCUCACCUGUACAGUGUUUACCCACACGGGUCCUACGACAAACUGCCUUUCGUCACCAUGGGCUCUGGAGCUGCAGCUGCUGUCUCUGUAUUUGAGGACAGAUUCAAACCAAACAUGGAGCUGGAAAAGGCGAAGCAGCUGGUACGGGACGCCAUCGCUGCAGGGAUUUUCUGUGACCUGGGUUCAGGCAGCAACGUGGACUUGUGUGUUAUCACCGAGGCUGGAGUGGAGUACCUGCGAAGCUACGACAAGCCCACGAUGAAGGGCAAAAGAGAGGGACAGUACAAGUAUGAGCCCGGCACCACGGCCGUCCUGACCAAAACGGUGACCCCACUCUAUCUGGAUGUGGUCAACGAAUCUGUUCACAUCAUGGACACUGAAUGAAACACAUUAAGAGGCUUCUUUUCAAUAUGUAGUAAUCCAUCGCUGUCGAAAUAUAAAGGAAGACAGCUUCUUGUGUAUCUCUAAAGCAUCACUGACGUAAAGAAACAGUAACGUAAUAAAAAUGUAUGUUUGUUAAAUGAUCGGUGCUUGCAAGUUAUUUUGGUGACCACAUGAAGGGCAGGAGGACUUAAUCCCAUGGGCUAAUAUUCACACAGCAGCAUGUAGUCAAAUAUGCUACAAUGUUCAUUGAAUGUAUGAGAGAAAUUAUUUUUUUAAAGUCUCUUGUGGAAACUCAUUCAGUGCAAUAGGAGCUCAAAAACUAUCAAAUGCUUAUUAAAAGCAUGAUGUGUGAAUGAUUUGUCUCACUGAAAAAUGGCUGGACCUGAUGCAUUGGAAUUAUUGUAAUAGAUGAACUAGCCUAUUCUUAAAUUUGUUCUGCAUAGGGAUGGGCGGAUAGUUGGAUACUAUGUGAUUCAAAUCAUGACCCACAACAGCACACAGUCACACACUUCCAGAGGAUGGCAGAAAGGCAACGUAGCAGAUAAAGAUAAAGCGAGAUGCUCUAUAAGUCACCUCUUCAAACAUUUAAAAACAGCACACCCUGAAGGUUACAGGCAGGCUCCAUUCAGUCUCAGUAUUUCUGUUUACACCUAGUGGCACAAACACUUUUAUUUAAUUACACUCAUAUUUGCUUUUAUAAUAAAUGUGUUAUUAAUGGCUGGUAUGUUUUGCAUGUAAAUGGACC